AUGAAUUUUGAUCGAACUAAACAUUCACAUUGUCGAUAUAAUCCAUUGAAAGACGAAUGGGUACUUGUUUCACCACAACGAUUAAGUCGACCAUGGCAAGGUCGAGUAGAAGAAGAUGAUGAUGGUGGAGACACGAACAAUAAUCAACAAUCAACUAAUCCUCUUUGUCCUGGUGCUAUUCGACGGGAAACAAGUCAACCUAAUCCAUUCUAUGAACAUACAUUCGUCUUUGAUAAUGAUUAUCCUGCAUUGUUAUCCGAUAUUGCUGCUGAUGAAAAUGAAAAGAACAAGAAUGAUGAUGAUCUUUUUCAAUGUCAUGUAGCUCGAGGCGUUUGCAAAGUCAUAUGUUUUCAUCCAAAUUCAAAUUUAACUCUACCACGCAUGACUCUUGAUGAUAUUUCGCAUGUGAUAAAAACAUGGAUUGAUGUUUAUCAAGAUUUAGCAAGUAAAUAUCAAUGGGUACAAAUAUUUGAAAAUCGUGGUGAUAUGAUGGGAUGUUCAAACCCACAUCCACAUUGUCAAGUAUGGGCUACAGAUUUCUUACCGAAUGAAGCUCGUAUAAAGCAUAGAACACAAAAAGAUUAUUUUACGAAACAUAAUGGAAAUGUACUUUUACUUGAUUAUAUAAAACGUGAAUUCAAUGAAUUCAAAAAAGAACGUGUAGUAAUUGACAACGAGCAUUGGCUUGCCGUUGUUCCAUACUGGGCUGUAUGGCCCUAUGAAACCAUGUUACUACCUAAACGACAUGUUCUUCGUCUAUCGGAUUUAACUGACGACGAACAAACUGGAUUAGGUCAAAUAAUGAAGCAAUUACUAAUUAAAUAUGACAAUCUUUUUAAUACUUCGUUUCCUUAUUCAAUGGGUUGGCAUGGUGCGCCAACAGGUGAUCUAAGCAACGAAGAUUGUUCACAUUGGCAACUACAUGCCUUGUACUAUCCACCAUUAGUACGUUCAGCUACAAUAAAAAAAUUCAUGGUCGGCUAUGAAAUGUUAGCACAGGCUCAACGUGAUAUAACACCGGAAUAUGCUGCUGAAGCUCUUCGCAAUUUAUCCAGUGAAAUACAUUAUAAAGAUAAAAAAAAUACGUAA